AUGUUGGGGUGCAGAGUUGCUUCUACUCCUAUCGAACAGGAUCAUAAGAUGUGUGUUGAGGGUGGUGACCCAGUGAGUAAAGAGCAAUAUCAAAGAUUAGUUGGACGACUUAUAUACCUAUGCCACACGAGAUCUGAUAUUACACAUGCUGUGAGUGUGGUGAGUAGAUAUAUGCAUGAUCCCAGAGAGCAGCAUAUGGAGGCAGUUCGCAGAAUUCUCAGAUAUAUUAAGGGAAGCCCAGGAAAGGGGUUGUGGUUCAGAAGUUUUGGACAUCUGAGAAUUGAAGGUUAUUGUGAUGCUGAUUGGGCAGGUUGUAUGGAUGAUCGUAGGUCCACUACAGGCUACUGUGUAUUUGUUGGAGGCAAUCUCGUAUCUUGGUGUAGCAAGAAGCAAGAUGUGGUGGCUAGGUCUACAGCUGAGGUCGAGUACAAGGCUAUGGCAGUUAGUCUGUGCGAGUUGAUGUGGGUCAAAAACAUAUUAUCUGAGAUGCGCUUGUUUAGAAGAGACUCCUUAAAACUUUGGUGUGACAACAAAUCGGCGAUUAAUAUUGCAAACAAUCCAGUUUAG